CUCGGCAGCUGCUCUGCCGCGCUCAGCCACGCAGGCCGGCUGGCGCAGGCGAACUGCUUCCAGGAGCCGCCGCCGCUGCCACCUACGCCGCCAGCGACGCUGCCUCUGGGCUGGCUCGCUGGCACGGAGAGCGGCAGGUGGUGAGCAGGGGGCGGCGGGGGCGAUGGCGGCGCAGGGAGACUCGGAGCAGGUUCGCUACUGCGCGCGCUUCUCCUACCUGUGCCUCAAAUUCACGCUCGUCACUUACUCCACGGUGUUUUGGUUGCUAGGGGCGUUUGUCUUAGCUGUAGGCAUUUAUGCAGAAGUUGAAAGACAGAAAUAUAAAACCCUUGAAAGUGCCUUCUUAGCUCCAGCGAUCAUCCUUAUUCUCUUGGGCAUCGUAAUGUUCCUUGUGUCCUUUCUGGGAGUAUUGGCUUCUCUGAGGGACAAUUUAUGCCUUCUUCAAACUUUUAUGUACAUUUUGGGCUUUUGUUUGCUCAUUGAACUAAUUGGUGGAGUUAUGGCCUUAAUUUUCCGAAAUAAGACAAUUGAGUUUUUAAAUGAGAAUAUCGGAAGAGGAAUUCAGAAUUACUAUGAUGACUUGGACUUCAAAAACAUUAUGGAUUUUGUUCAAAAGGAGUUUAAGUGUUGUGGUGGUGAAGAUUUUAAAGAUUGGUCACAAAAUCAAUAUCAUGAUUGCUCUGCUCCAGGACCAUUAGCCUGUGGAGUCCCAUAUUCUUGUUGUGUUGCAAAUAAGACAACGGUCAUUAAUACCAUGUGUGGAUAUAAAAUGAUUAAUGAAGAGCGCCUGAGUGUUCAACAUAUCAUAUAUAUCAGAGGAUGUACAAAUGCUGUAUUCAUUUGGUUUAUGGACAAUUAUGCCAUCAUGGCUGGAAUUUUGCUCGGUAUAUUGCUUCCACAGUUUUUUGGAGUGCUGAUCACUUUGCUGUACAUCACCCGAGUAGAAGACAUAAUUGCUGAACACAAGUUGAAUGAGGCACUGCUUCAAGGAAGGAGGAGACAGAGAGAGGAGGAUGAGCCAGCUGGAGCUGGGUGCUGUAUGUGUUUUCCUGAGUAACACCAAAUUGCCCUUUGAACAAGUCUAACAGUUAAUAUCCCCUUGCACUGCCUUGAAUGUAAACUUGAAUAUACUGUGAUUUGUAAAUAGUAGAUGACAAACAUCCUGACACUUUCCAGACAUCAUUAAUAGAAUAUAUCUCAUCUCUAAGUGUUCCUUAUUACAGCGAGAUUUGUUCCUAUGUUGGAAUCUGUUUGUUUUGUGAUGUCCCAAAAGACCUAGCCAGUUUCCUGCUGUACGAUAAUUCAGGAGAGAAAUAAUAAUUUAUUCUAAAGAUAAUUAUUAUAUACAAACUGACUAUACUCAAUUGGUCUACCUAAGAGUAUAUACCUGUAUAGCAAGGUGAAGUUAUAUAUUUUUUAAUUACUAAUAAAAUGUGGCAAGUCAACCGGUGCAGGAAAUGUUUCACAAAUCCACAUCUAUUGAUUUGCCACCAUAAGAUGAUUCUGUGAUAGAAGCAACCCACACUUCUUUUUUUAUGGAAGGAUAAUAUAUCUGACUCCCUAUGUAUUAUUAACUGGGUUAAUUCUUGCUUUUCUAAAAACUUGGGCUUGUUACAGUGUUGUUUUUAAAAUGAAUGUAAUUUUCAAGCUCCUCAUUACAUAAUCACCACUGCAAAUCAUAAUAUUGAAAUUUUCUGGGAAUAAUCUAAUGUGAAGUCUUGUGUGGGAGCCUAAGUAAACACAUUUAACUUUCCAAUUGUUUCGCUGUUGAUUCUUAGCCAAUGAAGUAUUUUAAGGAACUGAUUUUCAUUCUUGUGCAAUCAACUUUUUAUGCUGCUUCUAACAGAUAACUGGGAAUUUUAGAGGCCUUUGCUGUGUCUUUUGUAUGUUCCUGAUCUAAUCCACCAGUGUGUGAUCAGUUAACUAAAAGCUGCUUAUUUUGAUGCCAAUUUUUAAAUUUCUGUUUUUUAACUGUAUGGAGUUUUGUGUGAAUCAUAUAUUUGAUAUCCCUAAUUAAUGUAUUUUUCUUCUGUUUCUGAGCAGAAUUCAGGGGUGUACAGAUGUGCCACUGAAAAAUUAUAUUGUUUACAUGAAAAAUAAAAGUUAUGGUUUUGUAAAAUAAAAAGAUCGUCUUUUCGCUA